AUGAUUCAAAUUUUUCAAAAAUUAAAUAUAGCAUCUUUUGAUUAUCCAGAUCGUGCAAUAGGCACAAUUUCUAGGAAAGAUUCCAAUUAUCGGAAAUCUAAUCCCUAUCUUAAGAAGAAUACAUAUGCUCAAUACCAACAAGAAUUGGCAAAUAAAUAUGGACCACUUUUCACAUUUACAGUUUUUAAUCAUGGUCGAACUAUUGUCUCAAAUGAUCCGCGGACGAUAGAACAUCUUGUAAAAACGGGUUUUGAUGAGUAUGGAAAAAGUGAUGACCUUUACAAAAUAGCUUACGAUGUAUAUGGUGAUGGAAUAUUUGCGGUUGAUGGAGAUCUGAUUUAUAAAUCUGUAAUUGAAAAAUCCAAAGUCGUGAUAAACAUUUUAAAGAAGUACGCAGAUAAUGGAAAACCUAUUGAUUUACAAGACUUAUUUUAUAGAUUUACUAUGGAUACUUUCGGAGAACAUGGAAAACCUUUAUGGAAAUUUAUAGAGAAAUAUAGUGAAAAAGGUCGAAAGAUGCGUAAAGCUUGUAAAUAUAUUGAUAAUUAUGUAUAUAAUAUGAUAAAUAAUCACAAAUCUGAACUUGAAAUUGAAAAGAAAUCAGUUAAAAAUUUGUUAACUUUGCUUAUUGAGGCUGUUGAUGAUAAUGGUAAAAAGUUUAAUGAUAAAGAGUUGAGAGAUGUCAUAAUUAAUCUUAUUGCUGCUGGUCGUGAUAGUACCGCACAGGCUCUAUCUUGGAUGAUGUACUUUAUCAUGGUGAAUCAAUCUGUUGAAAAUUUAUUACUUCAAGAAAUUAACAAAAUUCUCUCAGUGGAAACAUCCAUCCCAUCAUAUGACGAUAUUAAGUUAUUUAAAUAUACCACAGCUACGUUUUAUGAAACGGCUAUAUCCUAUUCUUCCAGUAAAUGGAAGGAUUCAGAGGAUGGUUUAAAACCAAAUAAAUUUAAAUUUGCUAUUUUUCAUGCUGGACCUAGAAGUUGUCUGGGACAGCAAUUUGCAACUCUUGAAGCAAUAACACUGGUAGUAAUGUUGUUGAAAGAAUUUAAGUUUGAAUUAGUACCUGGGCAAAAAUCACCGCCAGAAUUUAAAGAUGCCAUUACACUACCAAUGAAGGAUCCUCUUAUGACUAAA